AUGGACAAGCAUCGGAGAUGGACAUAUUCAAUUACCAAGCUUGUUUUCUGGACCACCAUUUUUGCAACUACCCUUCUUUUCCUAUGUUUCCACUCUUCUCCUCCAUCUCAUUCCUCAACUCUGAAAUGGGAUAGUAAUCCACAAUGGGAAAAGCGCGUCAAAUUAUCUGCCCAUUCCCAUUCCGAUCAUUUUUCCGUUCUUGUAACCGGUGCCGCCGGUUUCAUCGGGUCCCACGUCUCCGCCGCUCUCAAACGCCGUGGUGAUGGUGUCGUCGGAGUCGACAAUUUCAACAGCUAUUACGACCCAUCGUUGAAAAGGGCCCGUCAGAAAUUGUUGGAACAGAAAGGGGUUUUCGUUAUUGAAGGCGAUAUCAAUGACGAAAACCUUCUGAAAAAACUUUUCGACAUUGUUGCAUUUACGCACGUGAUGCACCUAGCUGCACAGGCCGGCGUUCGUUACGCAAUGAAGAAUCCUGGUUCUUACAUCCACAGCAACAUUGCAGGCCUCGUUACCCUUUUCGAGGCCUGCAAAUCGGCUAAUCCACAACCUUCAAUUGUUUGGGCAUCAUCCAGCUCUGUUUAUGGGCUCAAUUCCAAAGUACCCUUCUCGGAAAAAGACCGAACAGAUCAACCAGCGAGUCUAUACGCCGCCACAAAGAAGGCCGGUGAAGAAAUUGCACAUACGUACAACCAUAUCUAUGGUCUUUCCAUUACAGGGUUGAGAUUCUUCACUGUUUAUGGACCUUGGGGUCGGCCAGAUAUGGCGUAUUUCUUCUUCACAAAGGACAUACUAAAAGGAAAACCUAUUUCAGUAUUUCAAGGUUCUAAUAACAAAAGUGUAGCAAGGGAUUUUACCUACAUUGAUGAUAUAGUGAAAGGGUGUUUAGGGGCUUUGGAUGCAGCAGAGAAGAGCACAGGAAGUGGAGGAAAGAAGAAGAAGAAUGCACAAUUAAGAGUGUUUAAUUUGGGAAAUACUUCACCAGUUCCAGUGACCAAGCUAGUUAGCAUAUUGGAGAAAUUGCUCAAAGUAAAGGCCAAAAGAAAUGUGUUGCCAUUGCCAAGAAACGGAGAUGUGAUGUUUACUCAUGCUAAUAUUAGUUAUGCUCACAAGGAAUUUGGAUAUAAACCCACUACAGAUUUGCAGAUGGGGUUAAAGAAAUUUGUCAAUUGGUAUCUUGAUUACUAUUCAAUAAGUGAAAAGAAGAAUUAUUGAUUGAGAGUAUACGGUGUUCGUUCCACGACGAAUAUAUCAAACGCUUGUAUAGAUAUUUUAAUUUUUUAGUGUCUGUUUUCUUGGAUCGGCUGUAUUAAUUACUUGCAGUUGCAGUUAGGAAGAUUUAUUAUGCUAAUGAUCUCACAUACUGUUAAUGAACUGAGGUUCCAUCAAAAUGUGCUUCCAAUUUUUCAUGCUUUC